AUGUCAGCCAAGUCCAAGGGGACCCCCGCCUCCUCCUCGCCACCCGAGGGGCUGCCCGCAGCCUCCAAAGCCAAGGUGAAGGAACAGAUCAAGAUCAUCGUGGAGGAUUUGGAAUUAGUCUUGGGGGAUCUGAAAGACGUGGCCAAGGAACUCAAGGAGGUGGUUGACCAGAUUGACACAUUGACAUCUGACCUGCAGCUGGAGGAUGAGAUGACAGACAGUUCCAAAACUGACACGCUGAACAGCAGCUCAAGCAGCACAACAGCGUCCAGCUUGGAGAAAGCCAAAGUGCGUGCCAAUGCACCUCUCAUCAAGCCCCCAGCACACCCAUCUGCCAUUCUCACCGUACUGAGGAAACCCAAUCCACCACCACCUCCACCACGGUUGACUCCUGUGAAGUGUGAAGACCCUCACAGGCCAGUUCCUUCUGCCAACCCUGUAAAGACUAAUGGGACCCUACUUCGAAAUGGAGGUUUACCAGGAGGACCAAACAAGAUUCCUAAUGGGGAUGUAUUUUGCAUACCUAAUAGUAACUUGGACAAAGUUCCAAUGCAUCCUCUGAUUCAUAGACCUGAUAAAGACAGGUGUCCUCAGACAGGAACACGGGAACGAGUACGAUUUAGUGAGAAAGUGCAGUACCAUGGCUAUUGCCCUGACUGUGACGUUCGGUAUAACAUUAAAAACAGGGAGGUCCACUUACACAGUGAGCCGGCCCACCCGCUGGGAAAGCUUCCUCACCAAUGUCCUCCUUUACCACCGCCGCCUCCUCCUCUCCCACCAUUGCCUCUAGAAAAUGGAGGCUUGGGAAUAAGUCCCAGUAAUAGCUUUCCCCCUCUCAGACCUGCGACUGUGCCUCCACAAACUGCACCAAAACCCCAGAAGACCAUCUUGAGAAAGUCAACCACUACAACAGUGUGA